AUGCCUGCAAAAAUGCUAACUCAACCCGACUUCGACGCGAUUGUCAUUGGCGCUGGCUUCGGCGGUAUCUACAUGUGCAAGAAGCUUGUCGCCCAGGGGCUGUCUGUCAAAGUCAUUGAAGCUGCGCCCGAUGUGGGAGGAACAUGGUAUUGGAAUCGCUACCCUGGUGCAUUGUCAGACACGCGGUCGUUUCUGUACCGAUACUCGUGGGACCUUGAAGACCUCCGCCAGUACCCUUGGAAAAGAGAGUAUUUGACACAGCGAGAAAUCCUUGCCUACUUGAACCAUGUUGUUGAGCGGCAUGAUCUGCGACAAUACAUGCAAUUCAAUACCGAAAUGCAAGGCGCCUCUUACGAUACCGACCAGAACUUGUGGACUGUUUCGCUGUCAUCCGGCCAGCAAUUAAGAGCUCGAUAUCUUAUUACGGCAGUUGGGCUUUUAUCCAAAAUCAAUUAUCCCGACAUCCCUGGACUGAAUUCAUUCAAGGGCGAAAUGCACCACACCGGCAACUGGCCCUCGUCUUAUGACUUCACGGGAAAGCGGGUUGGAGUUAUUGGAAACGGAUCCACGGGAGUUCAACUAAUCACUGCAUUGGCCGAUCAAGAUGUCAAACAGCUGCUCUCAUUUCAGCGGCAUCCGCAGUAUGUCGUUCCAGCGGGCGACGCGGAAGUGCCUCCUGCCACUCGAGAAGACCUUGAUAAGCGCUGGGAGCAAGUCUGGAGGGAGGUAAAGGACAGCACUUUUGGGUUUGGCUUUAAGGAAAGUUCAAAGCCCACCUUCAGUGUCAGCGAAGAAGAGCGCGACAGGAUUUUUGGGGAGGCUUGGGCCAAAGGGGGUGGAUUUUAUUUCAUGUUCGGCACGUUUUGCGAUAUUUCCUACAACGAAGAAGCGAACAACGCCGCUGCGGAGUUUAUCCGCCGGAAGAUCCGCCAAAAAGUGAAGGAUCCUGUCAAGGCAGAAAAGCUCAUGCCAUAUGAUUGGUAUGCCAGGCGGCCGUUGUGUGCUACUGGCUACUACGAGAAGUUCAACCGUCCGAACGUGGACGUCGUCGAUAUCAAGACCAAUCCGAUCACCAAGAUAACAGACAAAGGAAUCCAAACGGCCGAAGGAUCAGAGUACGAGCUUGAUGUUCUAAUCUUUGCAACCGGCUUUGAUGCGGUAGAUGGUAACUACAAGCGGAUGUGUAUCCAGGGCGCCUCACAGGAUACCCUAAAGGAUCGGUGGAAGGAGGAGCCCAGUUCAUUUUUGGGGGUCUCGAUCCCUGGAUUUCCUAAUCUAUUCUCCAUCCUCGGUCCUAACAGUCCGUUUACCAAUUUGCCGCCCUUGAUUGAGGUCCAGGUGGAAUUCAUUUCCGAUAUGAUCUCUCACGCGAGAAAAGUGGCGGCUGCUGAACCGGCAACAAACGGCCCGCGUGUGGAGGCAGAUGCAGCAGCAUUACGAGACUGGAUUCAAAAGUGCGACGAGCUCAGCGCCGACAGUCUAUUUCGGAAAACCAACUCGUGGAUCUUUGGGGCGAAUGUGGCUGGCAAGAAACCUUCAGUGCUGUUUUACUUUGGAGGGCUGGCGAUGUACAGACAAGCCCUACAGAAGAUUGUGCAACAGGGGUAUAAGGGCUUUAGCAUUGUUUGA